AUGGAGUCCACCGGCCGCGAAGCCUCGCCAAUGGCCAAAGGCAUCAUCCCCUGCGCCAAACAAUCCUUCCUCGACCUCUUCCGCUGGGAACAACGCGCCGAAAUCCGCAACGGAGACGGCGAAGUUCGCACCGAAUGGCAGCGACCUUUGCCGCUUCGCAAUCCCAUCUCGCUGCUCAUGCAGUUGUCUCUGCAGAACUGGAUUUUCUUCAUCGUCGGGUUCUGUGCCUGGUCGGCGGAUGCGUUCGACUUUCACGCGCUCAGUAUUCAGACGACGAAGCUGGCGGACUACUUUGAGACGAGUAAGACGAAUAUUACGACGGCGAUUACGCUGACGUUGUUGUUGCGAUCUGUUGGAGCCGCAUUUUUUGGGUUGGCCGGUGAUAAAUACGGCCGCAAAUGGCCCAUGGUAAUCAACAUGAUCGUCCUCGGCAUCCUCCAAAUCGCCACAAUCUACUCCCGCACUUUCGGCCAAUUCCUCGCCGUCCGCUCCCUCUUCGGGCUCUUCAUGGGCGGCGUCUACGGCAACGCCAUCGCCAUGGCUCUCGAAAACUGCCCCGUCGAAGCCCGUGGUCUCAUGUCCGGUAUUCUCCAACAGGGCUACUCCUUCGGUUACGUCUGCGCGGCGUGCGCGAAUCUCGGCGUCGGCGGUGCGACGGAGACGUGGAAGACUGUAUUCUGGAUCGCAGCCGGUCUGUCCAUUGGUGUGGGGUUGAUCAGGAUUGUGUUUCCGGAGAGCCAACAGUUCCGCGAGAGGAAGGCGCUGGGACAUAAGAGUGCGAGCCCGGCAGUGUUUUGGAGGGAGAGUAAGGCCAUGUUGAAGCAAGAGUGGAAAAUGUGCGUGUACUGCAUCAUUCUGAUGACGUGGUUCAACUACUACUCCCACACCUCCCAGGACUCGUACACGACAUUCAUGCGCACGCAGAAGGGGCUGGAUAAUCACGAUGCUUCGAUUGCUUCGAUUCUGAUGAAGACGGGGGCUUGUGUGGGGGGUACGGUUAUUGGAUAUCUGUCGCAGUUUGUGGGUCGAAGGAGGGCGAUGGUUGUUUCGGCGUUGAUUUCUGGAUUCCUUAUCCCCGCUUGGAUUCUGCCGACGACGGAAGGCGGCCUUUCUGGUUCCGGGUUCAUGAUGCAGUUCUUCGUGCAGGGUGCUUGGGGUGUGAUUCCCAUCCACCUGAACGAGCUGUCUCCUCCGGCUUUCCGCUCUUCGUUCCCCGGUCUAACGUACCAGCUGGGCAACAUGAUUUCCUCUCCAUCGGCCCAAAUCGUCAACGCCAUCGCCGAGUCGACGUUCGUCAAGGAUGUCGGUGGACCGCAUGUCGAGGCGUAUGGACCGGUGAUGGGCAUCGCGACGGCGAUUAUUGCGAUUGGAAUUGCGUGUACGGUUAUGGUGGGACCGGAGAAGAGAGGCAGUAGGUUUGAGAAUGUAGUGAUUGGACAGAGUGAGGAUGUGGUGAAUGAGAAGAUUUCGGAUGAGGAGAGUGUGAGGGAGAAGAGCGUGGGUGGGGGGGAGAAGGUGGAAGUGGUGCAGAAGGCUUGA